AACAUGAUUUCCUCGCUGCUCAUUCUCGUUGGGUUGGUUUCGGUCCUGUCGGAACCAGCGUCCAGCUGCGGGGAGAAAGAAUUCAGAUCCAAGGACGGAUUCUGCUGCCCGAUGUGCAAUCAAGGAUUGCAUGUGAGCAGAGACUGCACGGAGGACCUGGGGACCAAGUGUCAGCCCUGUCCGGAGGGAACCUUCACGAAUAAGCCCAACGGCCUGAAGAGCUGCCCCAGCUGCUCUCUCUGCACAGGUCACGGCCUCUUCACCAGACACAACUGCACCGCCACGUCAGACACGGUCUGCUGGGUCGUGGACGGAUACUUUUGUGUGACUCCUGAAAUCUCCGGGUGCAGCUUUGCAAAAAAACAUUCCAAGUGCAAAUCCGGGCAGAAGACGAAGGAACCAGGAAGCAGCACAGCAGACACUGUGUGUGAAGAUUGUCCUCCCGGCUCUUUUUCUGUGGACGGACUGAACUGCACACGGUGGACAGAAUGUUCUGAGUCUGAAAGACAAGAGAGAGACGGAAGUUCAGUCAGUGAUGUGGUCUGCAGCUCAGCAUCAAGACAUCAUUAUACCUUAUGUUACUCCUUUGUCCCAUUUUUAUCACUAAUUAUUGCAGCUGUCAUAAAGUGUUCCUGUUCACUCAGAACUAAUGGAGGCGAUCCAACGCAGGCGGACCAACGCAGACGGACCAAAGCAGACGGACCAAAGCAGACGGACCAAAGCAGAUGGACUAAAGCAGACGAACUAAAGCAGACGGACUAAAGCGGGCAGAUGUUCAUGAAGCACAUGAACCUCAAAACCUAAGUAUUAUUAAAUAUGGCUACAGAGCAGAUACCCAACAGUUGACUUCUGACUGCAGGUUUGGUUUCUGUCCUGCCCACCCCUGCUGGUCACACUGGGAUCAGGGGGGCCCAUCAUCCAUCCCUCCCUUCCUUUCAGGAUCUUGUCAGUUGCUGUUUGGUGAAGGCCUUUUAUAGUGAGAGUCUGUAUUAGUGAACAUGCAUCUGUUGCAGAGAAGAAGAAGAAGAACCCUGAAGUAACUGUAAAGGAAAAAAUAAAUAGGUUGUAAAGUUA